AUGUCCAGCAACAAGCAGAUUAUUGCUGUCAUCGGAAGCACUGGAUUGCAAGGGGGAAGCGUGGUUCGUUCUCUCCUCGCGGAUGGAACCUUUGCUGUUCGAGCCCUUACACGCAACGUAAACGGGGACGCAGCCACGAAGCUCAAAGCGGCCGGAGCCGAGGUUGUCUCUGCCGAUCUCGAGGAUGUCGAGUCGCUCAAAAAGGCUUUCAGAGGCGCAUAUGGCGUUUUUGGCGUCACUGAUUGUAAGCGACUGAAUGAUCAAUUCCUCGCUCUGUAUUUUGGUGUCGAGAAGUUUGAUCAGGCCAGAUCCCGCGAUCAUGAGACCCAACUUGGGAAGAAUAUCGUUGAUGCCGCUGAAGUGGAAGGAACCAAGCAUCUCGUUUGGAGCACGCUGGACGACACUUCGAGCAUCGGCAUACAUGUGCAUCACUUCGUCAGCAAAGCUAAUGUGGACAAGUACAUCCAGACGAAGAAGGUUCCCACCACAUUCCUAUUCACAUCUGGCUACUUCAACAACUUAACGAAGUUUGGGUGGCUGAAGAAGGAAGGGGACACCAUCAAUCUUAAUAUCCCACUUCCUUACGACGUACCAUAUCCUUUUUAUGAAGCGACCGCGACUGGAGAAUGGGUCAAGAACAUCCUUAAAAACCCAGAUGAAUGGAUCGGCAAGAGAGCUGAUGCUUACGGAGGUUCGAACACAACAGUGGAAAUCGCAGAGGCUCUACAGAGGAAGACUGUGAAAAAUGUUGUUCUGAACAAAGUCACCCAAGAGCAGUUCCACAGUAAAGAGUUUCACGAUGAACUUGGCGAUCUGUUUUGGGUGACCCACAAGUACAUUGUCGAUGGAGGAAUGGUCCGAGAUGCGGAACUCUCGAAGCGAGCCAACCCAAAUGGUUCCAACCUUGAGCAAUUUCUCGAGAGGGAUGAGGCCAUCAAAGCCUUUCUUUCCUCAUGA